UCUCGCAAAAGUGUGUAGAGAGCCAGCCACGUUAGCCAUGGAGCCGUGGCUAGACGACUUAGCCGACGACCUCCAAAGCAUAAGCUUCAACUCCGCCACUACCGCCACCGAAAUCCACCGCUCCACCAGCUCCGGCUCCGAGGCCACCUGGACGGCUGCCUCCUCCGGCUCCUCCCAUUUCCUCCCCCCUCCGCCUCCUUCCUCCGCCAAGCCCCGUUCCGCCAUUCCCUCCGGCGACCCCUGCUGGGACGCCAUCCGCCGCGCUCUCUCUUCUUCCUCCUCCUCAUCUCCCUCCCUCUCAGUCUCCGACCUCCGCUUCAUCCACCGCCUCGGCUCCGGCGACAUCGGCGCCGUCUAUCUCGCCGAGGUGAAAGCUCCUCCCCCGCCUCCGGCCGAGCCGCCGCAAUCUCCGUCGCUAUUACAGCAGCCGGCUCUCUUCGCCGCCAAGGUCAUGGACAAGAAGGAGCUCGCGAGCCGUAAUAAGGAAGGACGCGCGAGGACAGAAAAGGAAAUUCUGGAAAUGUUAGACCACCCGUUCCUCCCCACUCUCUACGCCUCCAUCGAUUCCCCUAAAUGGUCGUGCCUCUUAACGGAGUUCUGCCCCGGCGGCGACCUCCACGUCCUCCGUCAACGUCAACCGGCCAAACGCUUCCCGGAAUCCUCAGUCCGAUUUUAUGCAUCAGAGGUGAUUGUUGCUCUAGAGUAUGUACACAUGAUGGGGAUUGUUUAUCGUGACCUAAAGCCCGAAAACGUAUUGGUUAGAUCAGACGGCCAUAUUAUGCUGACAGACUUCGACCUUUCCUUAAAAUGCGACACGUCUACAUCAACUCCUGCUCAAGUAAUUUCCGGCCAAAACACACCCGCCGGAUCGGCGCAAAACCAGUACAGCUACGCCAUUGAUCCGCCCAAGUUCACCGCAUCUUCCUGCAUCCUCCCCAACUGCAUAGUCCCCGCCGUUUCAUGCUUCAGCCCAAGGCGGAGGCGCAAGAAGAAACCCGGCCCGCACAGCGGGCCGGAGUUCGUGGCCGAGCCCGUGGACGUCCGGUCAAUGUCAUUCGUCGGUACUCACGAGUACCUGGCGCCGGAAAUCGUCUCCGGCGAGGGCCACGGCAGCGCCGUCGAUUGGUGGACGCUCGGAAUCUUCAUCUUCGAGCUGUUAUACGGCGUGACGCCGUUCAGGGGCAUGGACAACGAGCUAACCCUAGCCAACAUCGUCGCCCGCGCCCUGGAAUUCCCCAAGGAGCCGCCCAUCCCCGCCGCGGCUAAGGACUUGAUUUCGCAGCUGCUGGUUAAAGAUCCCGCCCGGCGAAUGGGGUCCACCAUGGGCGCCACCGCAAUAAAGCAACACCCGUUCUUUCAGGGCGUGAAUUGGGCACUCCUACGUUGUACACCUCCGCCCUUCGUGCCUCCGCCUUAUGCUCGAGACGUUUUGUCCGAUAAUGAAAGUUGUCCCGACACCCCAGUCGAGUACUAUUGAUAAAAAGAAUUGCACCUCAAUCUCGGGUACCACUAGUGUGAAUAUAGAGUAAUAUAAAGGAACUUUCACACUCUCAGUUAUAAUAUAUACCGUGAUUGACCUGUCGGGGUCUGGUGCAAUGGCUACAUGCAAUUUUCUAAUACAUUAUUAUCUCAAGCCUAUUCAUGUUACUUGUUGGUAUGGAAAUGAUAAAUGACGUGAAUAAAAAUCAUAUUCAUGCAA